UCGCUCCCGCGGGUUUGGUGCGACACCGUCUUGACAUGUUGGAACUGGUUUCCACACCCACGGGAAGUACCUGGCGAUGAACGCCGCGCCGCCUUGACUCGCCGCGAUCGCAGCAGCCGAGUCGAGCUGCCCCCGCCUCUCCCGGGAGCUCCGAUACAUAUAAUCAGCUCACAAAUGGAAGUUUAAGGGACUUUAUACAAAACAUAGGUGAAAAUGGAAACUUCAUCUUUGCUAUCGUCCUUACAUGAUGAAUGCAGAUCAGACAACUAUAUUGAACCUCAUUACAAGGAAUGGUACCGAGUAGCUAUUGAUGCUCUAAUUGAAGGAGGUUUAGAAGCCUACAAAGAGUUUCUUUCCCAAGAGAGAUGCUCAGAGUUCCUGGCAGAUGAGGAAAUCGAUUAUAUUUUGAACAAUGUUCACAAACUUCCCCAAAACACAGUUUAUUCCUCUAACCAUGCCAUUGAUGACACCUCUUCCUCGGGAACCUACUGGCCCAUUGAAUCAGAUGUGGAAGCUCCAAAUCUUGACUUAGGUUGGCCCUACCUGAUGCCUGGAAUUUCUGGUGGCACGAAUAUUGAUCUGCUUUUUCAUCCACCACGAGCACAGCCUUACACCAUAAAGGAAACUAUUCGGAAGAUGAUACGAGAUGCAAGGAAGGUCAUUGCCAUCGUUAUGGAUAUGUUUACAGAUGUGGAUAUCUUCAGAGAAAUUGUGGAGGCAUCUACUAGAGGGAUCGCAGUGUAUCUUCUGCUUGAUGAGUCAAACUUCGGUCACUUUCUGAAAAUGACGGAGAAGCAAGGCUGUCAAGUUCAGAGGCUCAGGAACAUGAGAGUGCGGACUGUAAAAGGACAAGAUUACUAUUCUAAAACAGGAGCAAAAUUCCAUGGAAAAAUGGAACAAAAAUUUCUUCUUGUUGACUGUAAGAAAGUCUUAUAUGGUUCUUACAGCUUUAUGUGGUCAUUCGAAAAAACAAACCUCAGUAUGGUUCAAGUUAUCACAGGACAGCUGGUUGAGUCCUUUGAUGAAGAGUUCAGGACACUCUAUGCCCGUUCUUCUGUUCCUACUUCAUUCGCCCCAGAAUUAGUGCGGGUAAACAGUCGUAGGACACUCUGGGAAAAUGAUACAUACCAACACUCGGUGUCUUCCUUGGCUUCAGUUUCUAGCCAAAGAAACCUUUUUGGUAGGCAAGAAAAUGUUCACAAGAUAGAUCCUGUUUGCUGGAAGACUCGUGGAAGGUACGCAGUAAAUGAAAUAGAUAAAUAUGGGUUGAGAAAUCAAGUCUAUAAUAAGCAACCAUUUCAUCCAAGUUUUCAUAUACAGAAUCCAGUCCAGCAGUAUCAACCUAGUGAAAAAAAUGAGCACUGGAAGAGACAUAGUUAUGCUGGGGAGAAGCCAGAAAGGACGCCUUAUCUACUGCUCAACAGAGCUAUUAAUAGAGCCAACAAUCUGUCAAAUGCUUGGAAAAUGUCAUCUGAUAGCCUUAGUAUUGUUUCUUCUUUACGAGGAGGAUAUGGAAAUAACUACAAUACACCCCAGCAAAGUUUUGCUGAUCAGUUUUCACGACCAAAGGUAAACCUUGCAGAAAGAAAUUCAAUUGUACGGAGGUCUUUUAAUGGGACAGAUAAUCAUAUCCGCCAUCUGCAGCAAAGGAUGCCGACCCUCGAACACACAACAAAAUCGUUCCUUCGUAACUGGCGAAUUAAGUCGUAUUUGAAUGAUCAAUCAGAUUAUCCAGUAGAAUCUAAUGGGUCAGCCAUGGGUGACAGGUAUGAUAGCUAUGACACAGCUGAAAAUAUUAAAGCUCAUGCGCUAUAUUCUCAUUCUCGCUUGCGAUCGUCGUUGGUGUUUCAGCCAACUUUACCUGAACAGCAGGAAGUAAGCAGCUGUGCAAGUUCUUCAAAUUCAACUAUAAUUGGGUCAGAGGGAAGUGCAACACCUAAAGGGACAUCUAAUCAUGCUCCAAGUGUGGAAAAUGGAACAGAUAAUAUUUUAGAUGAUGUUAGCACAAAUGUUGCACUUAAAUCGGACGCACCAAAAAACCACAGAAUUCAUAUUGCAGAAAACACGAAAUCUACUGUAAAUUCAAAUGCAGCUGGUGAGUCAUCUCCCUACUUGUACACAACACUGUGUGCAGACAAACAUGUAGAAAACUUGAAGAAUCUUCAAAAUGAAAAUAUGUUAAAAAGGAGAAGUUUUCCAAUGUUUAAUUCAAAGUCCAUAUUAGAUCCUGGUGCCAACAAACAUGCUUCCAGUUACGUUUACAGCACAUUGACUAGGCAUAAACUUAAGGAGCCAGUUAGUUCAAAAAUUCCAGAAGACACGCUGAAAAGCUGUAAAAGUUUGCACAGUGUGACCAACCACCUGACAGAGGAGGAAAAGAACCUCAAAGGAGAGCUAAAGAGCCCAACUGCUAGCAAGGCAAUCUCUAUGGCUGCUCUCAUGGAAGCUAGCAAAGAGGAGUCUUGUAAGGAUUGCACGUCAAAGAAAGAAAGUAAGAGUUCCCCAAGUUUUCUGAAGAAAGGAUCCCAGAAAUUGCGAUCACUUCUUAAUCUCACACCAGACAAGAAGGAAAACUUGUCAAAAAACAAAGGUCCUGCCUUUUACAGAAUGUGUAGUAGUUCUGACACAUUGGUUUCUGAAGAAGAGAUUCAAAAACCAAAGAUUUCUGAGAAUAAAACAGAUUCUUCCCCGAGGAGAAAGAGAAAUACAUCAUCAAAUUCUCAAGGUAGCCUGAACAAAAGUAAAGAAGAUGUCACUGGGAGCCCAUCAAAGUCUCCAAAGUCUCCGAAGUCACCAAAACCUCAAAAACCUCCAUCUGAUGAAGGCAAUAAAAAGUGUCCUCUCUUGUGCUCCCUUGAAAGUAAGUUCAUAGAAACUGCAGGAGAUGCCUCUACCCCAAGAUUUAAUACUGAACAGAUUCAAUAUCAAGAUGUAAAGGAAACCACCACAAAUGUGACUCCUGAAAGUCCUCCUGUUUCUGCUCUUCAAAGAGCAAGUUCAAUGACACCACAACUGGCAACCUCAAAACGCCAAGAGGAGCUAAGACCUCGUAUGAGUGAAAGGCGUGUUUAUAGUCGCUUUGAGCCAUUCUGCAAGAUAGAAAAUGCAAGCCAACCUGCAGGAAAUGCACCCAACAGCAGUUCACAUCUUUCAGAUAUCAAAUGCAAGACCUUAGGGAAUAAUUAUGGCAGGAGUAAUCACCUGGUCAGCUACAACUCAACUGCUUAUCAUCCAUUGCAGCCUAAUGAAAACAAGCUGAGAGGAUUUAUGCAAAAGUUUGGAAACUUCCUACACAAAAGCAAGUAAAACUUUUGUUGAUUAUGUUGAAAUACAGCAAGAGUAGCAAAGCUGGGCGUAAUCUUAACUGGACAAGACUGACAGGCAACUUUUGUAGAACUUACUUGGGUUUCUUCUUGGGUCUAGAACAUUGGUAUGAAUGUACAUAUUUUUACAUAAUUAUCCUGGAAUGGUUACACUUAAGUCUUUGCAGAAAUCCUGUGUCCAGAAGAUGUCUCAAGGGUUGUUUAUAAUGUUUAUAUUGUAAGAUUAAUUUUAUAUGUUUUCGUUGUGAAGAAAGUGCGAACAAGCAUAUUGUAAGAUUAAGUGUGUGGGGGAAAAAAGAUGGAGGAUAUUUUUAAACGUCAAAUAAUACUGUUUCCAAAGAUUUGCCCUUUAAAAAUAGAAUAGCACUAGGAAUAGUGGCUUACAUUUUUUUCAACAUUUAUGUACACUUUCAAAUGUUAAACAAAAUGUUAAUGCAUUGCAUAUCAGUUAUUGUUAAACUAAUUUUUGAAAACCUCUUUUAGACUUCAUCUUGUUAAUAAUAUACCCCAUAGCAUCUAUUGAACUGUUUUGGCAGCAGAUGGAUCUAUCUUACUUUAUUGAAUUUUCCAUGUAAUAUGAUAUUUUUCCUGAAGUGUUUGGCACGUGAUGUUAAAGUGACCUUAAUCACAGCUUUCACAGACUUGUUUACAUGGUUAAACUAGUGUGAACGUAGGAUGAGGCUUAAAAAAUAAUUUAUAAAAUAAGGUGCCUUGAAAAUAACUUAAACAUUUGUAUAACAUGCCAGUAUUUUGUAAUGUAUUCUAAAAAUGGCUUUUUGUUGCAUUUUUCUAUUUGGUGUUUCAAAAAAACUAUUGUCUGCGGACUUCAAUUUCUCAGGUAAGUUUUUGAGUUUCACAUGCGGCAGUGUGUUAUAAAUGUUGCCAGAUAAAUUUACAACUCUAGCUUUAAUAACCUAUUUUAUUUUUUAAAUAAGGUUGCAAGAGCUUAGACUAGGCAUAUGAGGGAGAUUGCACACUGAACCCUGUAAUGCUGCCUUAUGUCAGGACGAAUAUUGCAAGGUCAGGAGCAAUUAGGCAUCUGAAAAUGAGAUUCAUAAAGGUUACCACAUACAAAAGUAGAGCACCUUUCCUAAGCCAAAGAAAAUAUCAGUGAAGGGUAUAGUAGUAAGUGUUUAACUUUAAGAAUGUAUUUAGGCACCUAAUUGCAGUCUAAGAGACACAUUUUUGUUCAUCCGACUCUCUUGGUCUUAAAAAAUUGUCUGAUAUUAAGUGCCUUUGCCAGGUUAACCCCCACAAAAAAACAUAGACAGGGUGUUUUGGCAGUAGCGCGGCAUCCACUCCUCAUCUGCAAUGUGAAGCCAGAACAUCCAGCUGGCUCAUGCCUUCUUGGAUGUGGAGUUUGUCUUUUAGGAGAAUGCCAUAACCAUUUAGCUACAAAGUGCUCUGCAACAUUUUUUUCCAAAUUCAGAACUAUUAAUUGCUGAAAGCUUAUAAUCCUUUUAUACGGUCUUCAUGUUUUAGGAGCGUGUUUUUGGAGACCACUUUUAGUUCUGAAAGGUCCUACAGCAUUUUGUUGAGGGGUACCACUAGGAAGGUCUGGGCUUUAUUCUUUGGGAAGAAACACCAAAAUGGCAUUUCAUGUUCAUUUGUCUCUUCUGCCUGUGGUCCUGGGAAUACAUUUUAUAUGGAAAUCUACUUCUCACUGAGAAUCUGCUCUAGGUCCUCUGAACUCACCGUAGUUUUUGUCAGUGAUUUCAGUGAAGCAGUGACAGCUUUUUGUUCAAACAGUUUCUUGGGCACCCUUAUUAGGUCAAUGCAUCAUAGCAAUAGCUGUUUCACUGUGGGGAUGGUAUUUAUGAGUGAUAAAAUAUUGCAUCUCAAUCCUCUGCUUAAAGUUUAGGUCUCCCCUUUACCUGUGACUAUGGAAGACACUUACAAAUUUCUUGAUGAACACUGGCCACUUUGUUCAAUCCUUGCUGAAAUGCUACGGUUGAUAUUUUUCCCAAAUCAUGUAAUCAUAGACUCAUAGAAUCAUUUAGGUUGGAAAAGACCUUUAAGAUCAUGAAGGCCAUCUAUAAAACCAACACUGCCACGUUAUACCACUAAACCAUGUCCUAGAGCACCUCAUCUACAUGUCUUUUAAAUAGUUCCAGAGACGGUGACUCUACCACUUCCCUGGGCAGCCUGCUUCAAUUCUUGACAUCCCUUUCAGUAAAGAAAUUGUUCCUAAUAUGUAGUCUAAACCUCCCCUGAUGCACCUUAAGGACAUUUCCUCCUGUUCUAUCACUUGUUACUUGGGAGAAGAGACCAACACCCACCUCACUACGUCCUUCUUUCAGGUAGUUGUAGACAGUGAUAAGGUCUCCUCUCAGCCUUCUUUUCUCAAGACUAAACAACCCCAGUUCCCUCAACUGCUCCCCGUAAGACUUGUUCUCCAGACCUUUCACCAGCUUCCUUGCACGUUUUUUUCACAGCAACUUAAUGGCCUUCUUGUAGUGAGGGGCACUAAACACAGUAUUCCAGGUACAGCCUCACCAGCACAGAGUACAGGGACAGUCACUUCGCUGCUCCUGCUGGCCACACUGUUUCCGAUGCUGUUGGCAUUGGUUGCUAUUGCCGAAGCCAGGAUGCUGUUGGCCUUCUUGGCCAGCUGGGCACACUGCUGGCUCAUAUUCAGCUGGCUAUCGACCAGCACCUCCAGGGCAACUUUACAGCUACUAUCAGACAAUGACAGAAUGGUUUGUCUUGGAUAGGACCUUAAGAUGGCCUACUUCCAUCCCCCUGCCAUGGGCAGGGGCACCUUCUAGUAGAUCAGAUUGCUCAAAGCUUCAUCUCGCCUUGCUUUGAACACCUCCAGGGAUGGAGCUUCCACGACUUCUCUGGACGACCUGUUCCAUUGCCUCACCACCCUCACAGUAAAAAAAUACAUCUGAAUAUCUAAUCUAAAUCUCCUGUCUUUCAGCCUAAAACCAUUACGCCUCAUCUGAUUGCUAUACUCAUUUAUAAAGAGUUCCUCUCCAUCUUUCUUGUAGGCCCCGUUCAAGUAACAUCCAUCCCCCAGACUGUAACAUUGCACAGGUUUGUUGUGACCCAAGUGCAGGACCCAGCACUUGGCCUUGUUGAACCCAUAGAGUUGGCCUCAGCCCAUUGAUCCAGUCUGUUCAGAUCCCUCUGCUGAACCUUCCUACCCUCAGGCUAAUCAACACUCCUGCCCAAAUUGGUGUUGUCUGCAAACUCGCUGAAAGUGCAUUUGUUCCCCUUGUCCAGAUCAUUGAUAGACAGAACUGGCCCCAACACUGAGUCAUGGGCAACACCACUCAUGACCAGCCACCAAAGGGAUUUAGCGGCAUCUACCACAACUCUUUGGGCCCAGCCAGUUUUUUUAUCUAGCAAAAAGUACACCUGUCCAAACCAUGAGGAGUUUCUCCAGGAGAAUGUUGUGGGAAGCAGUGUCAAAGGAUUUACUGAAGUAUAGGCAGGCAACAUCCCCAGCUUUCCCUCGUCUACUAAGGAGGUCAUUUUGUCAUAGGAGGAGAUCAGGUUAGUCAAGCGGGACCUGCCUUUCCUAAACCCAUGCUGACUGGGCCUGAUUACCUGGUUAUCCUGUACGUGCUGUGUGAUGGUGUUCAAUCUGCUCCAUAACAUUCCUCAGCACCGAGGUGAGACUGAACAUUUAUACUGAAAUAUUCUGCCCUGACAGAGGUAGCAGUUUCAGACCCAAGGCAAGGAUUGUCUCCUUAGUGUUCCAGGUGUAUUUUCUAUAUGAGCGCAAUAUAAUUCCACAGCUAAGCACCCAGCAGCAAUGCAAUACUAUACUUUUUAUAAAUAUUUUUAGGAGGGCAGGCAGUUAUUCAGGAUGAUACUCGAAUUAGCAGUGCAGCAAAGGGACUUAAGAUGCAGGUGGUUCUUAAAACAGCAUGGGUAGUUUUUAGGAGUUUUCCUUAGUUUUCCCUUGUACUCUUGGGACCUCUGAUUUACACUUAGAGGCAACGCUGGUUUGGGGAAGGAAAUGAGAGAGGGAGAGUAGGGGUCUUGGGGCAAGUUUUGAAGUGACAGCACUUUCCGUUUUGUAGUAAACUUUGGGAACUUAUUUUGAUACAGUUUAGAAAGACUUCAUUUUUCAAAGUAGAUUGUUAAUUAGAGAGUCCUGAGAAGGCAGAUAUUUUAAUAUACUAAGUCAUAUUUGUCUGUAGGUAUAGAGUGCUAUUUUGUACUUACACAGAAGAUUAAGAGCCUUCAGUGAAGCACCUGCUCAUAGACUUAAUAAUGCAAAAAAUUAAUCACAAUAGAACUAGAUUUUUUUUUUCAUUUUCAGAUCUCUCCUCAGAGACCCUGCAUAGGAAUGUUGCUACAUUAAGGCCUGAUCCAAGGUUUAUUGAAAUGAAUGUAAAACACCACCAUGGACCUCGGUGGAAAUAGGAUUAGACACUUACUGUACCAACAGCACUAUUUUAGAAAUAUUACAAAACCAAAUGUUUUUUGGGGAGCACAGGGCUUUGGCACCACAGGAAGAGUAUCCUAGUGCCCUGCCUGCAGCUUUAGAGGUGGUGGAGCACACUGGGAAUCUUCACAGGUGGUGCAAGGGCCAAAUCAUAGAAUCACCAGGUUGGAAAGGACCCACCGGGUCAUCGAGUCUAACCAUAAUGUUGUUCUUCCCUUCAGAAUUGUGUGUUAAAAGUGGGAAAACAAUGCUUAUCCAGUUCUGUCUGAUUUGCCUCGGAUGUCUGUGGGAACCUAGCUGUUCCAUAAAAGAAAAAAAUAUGGAAAAAAAAUACCUACACUUUGCAUCAGCAGAGGAAAGGAAUAUGCAGAUUUUUAUGUUUUUGAACUUCCUUUUCCCAAAGCUUGCCUUGAUGUUUCUGCUUUUCCAAGAAGAUGCGUUUCAUUCAAUGUGUCCUAAAUGCCAUCUGCACAUUGCAAGUUUGUUACACCCCGCACACACCCCGUGCACUCCCAGUUUUGUAAGGCUGUGAAGUAAUAGCAGUUGCUGUGCUUGAUGGUCAUUUGGCCAAAUGGCUUGGCAGUUGUGAAACUCAUAAAAAGUGACGUGUCAUUUCCACAUGAAAUAAAACUCCAUUAGCACCGUAAUAGAUCUAGGAGGGCGGCUGGCCAAAAGCUGAUCAGAGAUUUACAAUGCUGAGCAUGGUCUUUGGGAGCAGUGUCAGCAGCGGAGGGCAGUGCAGCCAGGAGGUACAGGCUCCUCAUGUGGUACCCAUUCAAUUCAUGUUGCAAAUAAACCACCCCUACAUA